GUGUGUACAAAUACUGAAAGCUGAUUGGUUGUUCAGAUGACCUAUAUGAAUGGAGGACUUAGAAGUAGAGAAAAUGUCAGAUUCAGAGAGCAUCAAGAAGUUGUUUAAGACUAGCCAUGAUAUGAAAAAGAAAUCCUACAGUCCCUACAGUAAAUUCAGGGUUGGAGCAGCACUGCUAUGUGAAGAUGGAACUGUCAUUACAGGUUGUAAUGUGGAGAAUGCCUCCUACGGGUUAACGAUAUGUGCAGAAAGAACAGCGUUGACAAAGGCGGUAUCAGAGGGCCACAGACGUUUCAAAGCCAUUGCCAUCUCAAGUGACUUGAAGACCUCUUUCAUAGUACCUUGUGGGGCUUGUAGACAGUUUAUGGUUGAGUUUGGAACAGACUGGAAUGUAUAUAUGACCAAGCCUGAUGAUUCCUACAAACUGAUGAAGACUGGGGAAUUACUUCCCUUAGGUUUUGUACCAGAAGCCCUGGAGGAGGAAAGAAUCAGUCAAAUGGCAUAAGGAACUUAACUCAUUGCUAGUUAAUCAGUAUUAUACACUCAUCUGCGAGGCUAUGUGGCUCACUGGAGAUUAUGUCAAGACUUUUUUUCAAAUAAUUAGAAAAAGAAAAUUGGAGAAUAAACUGAGAAAAAUGGUUGGACAAAUAAGAAAGUGAAAAAUUAGUUUCAAUUUUAGCAAUUUUUUUUUUCUUUGAUAUCUCAGUUAACGUUAAUGUAUACUUUUUUAUGUAAAAUCUUCACAUUUUGCAACAAUCUCUCAAAUGUUGAAAUUAUUCUACUAUGAAAUAGCAUGCACAAACCAAAGAGGGUAAAGAUAAUCAUUUCUUCAUAUUGUAACACUUUUUUUUGCAUAUGAGUGGGUCUUCGCUCCAUUUUUUGGAAAGUAUAUCUUCAAAGUAUCCAUAAAAAUACAUACAUUUUUUGGUUAACAAAAUAUGGAGAAAAUAUUUGAAGUCCAGUUAUUCAAGGGACAAACAUGAUUUAAAUGCCAGUACCUGUUUUGUAUUGUGUGGUGAAGUGGUUAAUGUGUCAGUCUCUAUGAGAAAAAAAAAUGACACUAAGGAUUUUUAUCGCUCGGAAAAAACUGCAUUUUUCUCCAUAGAAAAAAAAAUUUUGCUUAGAGAAUUUUCCGCCGAAGAAUUUUGCUUGCCACUUUUCAGUAAUAAAAACUGCUCUAAAUACCUGGUACAGAAAUUGAAUUUUACUUUUAUACACUUGAAGCUAUAGACAUUUCCCACGCCUAAUUCGCCCAUGCUCUUUACAUCGAUUCAAUUAAGCAUUAUUUUGGUUUAAGUUUGUUCCAACUUUUUAGUUAAGUUAAAAUUGUUGGGAAAAAGGCUUUAGAAAAGUGCAGUAAUGCGUUAUAAUAGCAAGUACAUGCAUGUACGUUAAUUUGUAAAUGCAUGCAAAGUCAACGAUGAGUCAGGCGUCUGAAAAAUGUUUUACCGUCCAAAGCCUAUUUUUAACCAGAAAACAAAUAAUACAUGAAUUUUCACUUAUUCUAGCAAUUGUUCAUUGCAUAAAACGUGCAUUUCGAGUGAACUUUUCAUGUUAACCAAAAUAAAUGCAACGCGAGCAGUACCUGCAUGACUUUAGUGACUACCCUAAAUUUUUUACUCAAGUUUAUUCAUCACAAAUAUUGUACAUGAAUAUUAUUUAUGUACUUGUUCAUAUUCAUUAUAAAUAAUAUACAUGUUUGCAGAGAUAAACUCUAUUUGAUGUAAGCUUGCAAACUAGGUAAUGGCUACCUCAUGUUGCGAUUCGCUAUUGAUGCUAGUUACUAUUAUUUAUUGCAUUUCAUUUUACACAUGUAUUUUUAAAUGCCCAUUGUAUAAUGACUUAAGAUUUUUUUUUUAAUAAGUACUGAGCCCAGUGUCUUUGCAUUAAUUCAUUUGCUGAGUACUUACAAUGUUAAAGUUCUUUUAAAUUUGGUCAAAUUUUUGAAUGCUGCCACAUUGUGAAGAAAAAAAAUAUUGAAGUGUAACACUAGUUUAACGUUCAUUCUCCUGUAUAUUUCGUCUUAAUAACAUGCAUUUCUUAUUCUAAAGAGCCAGUCGGGUUAAGGAAACUUGAAACUUGUAUCCACUGAACAAACAGACAUGUGCUUGUAGAACAUUAUAUAUACAGAUCAGGAUUUAAUGGCAUUUAUUCCGUGCUUACUAUUGUUGUCUGGUUGUUGUGUUCUGUACAUUUUGAUGUUAUAUACAGCUAAUAAACAAUGAACAUAC